CGCCGUCCUCGGGAAGGUCGGCAGGAAGGCUGCGGCGGCACUCGGUUGAAAUGUGGAAGCAGAGGUUCCACAUGGGAUAUGUUUGGCUUCUACUGGUUUUGUGUGCAACAGUAGCGCAUUCAGAGGAUAAUGUAAAAUUUGAAGGAACACGUGAACGAAAUGACCAUGAUACUGACGGAGAGUGGGAGGCCAGUGGGAAGAAGUCAUACGUAAUAGAUGGGAAGGCAAAUGCAGAUGAAAAAUAUGGAACUGAUGAUUCUAUACCCACUGAAGAAACUUGUCACAUAGAUGAUUGUUCAUUAAUGCAGGAUAACGAUGACCAGAGUGAAUUAUCAAUGCUGAUUGACCAGGAUGGAGAGCUCAGCUCAGAGGAGGAUAAGGCCGCCCCACAAGAUUUUAGUGAAUUAAACAGUAAAUGCUCUAAAGAAACAAUUCAGGAACCAACAGAUGAAGAUGCAGCCAAAGAAGCAUCCAGAGAAGGAACACCAGGCAAUGGAGGAGCUCUAAAUUGAACAAGGUGGAUCCUGAAAUGGAAAAUAUACCUCUUCGAGAAAUAUUAUUGAAACUAAAGCCUGAAGGUUUAACUGAUGAUGAUGAAGAGGAGGAUCAGAAUAGUGAAUACAGCACUACAGAAGGCAGCAUGGGAGAUGAAUCAGAGGUAGAAGAAGAAGCUCUUAUAUCAUCUGGAUCAUCAGAGAAGCAGGAUGAUAAUCUUGCCAAGACUGGUGAUUCCAACAGCACGGGGGGCAUUAGUGGGAAUACAAAUGCAGGAAGCAAAAAGGCAGUUUGCUCAAGAGUCAACACAAGUGAACCUGUACAAGAUGUUGAGAUUAUCAAUGCAACUGCACUUAUGAAAUUACUUCAGGGGGACCCCAACAUAACUAGCAGGACGCUGGCCGGACCAUGCUAUUUAGUGUAUUUCUUCAGUCCAUACUGCCCAUUUUCUGUAAAGGGAUCACCAUAUGUAAAUGCCAUGGCACGUUCUAUUCCUAAUAUACCAGUCUAUGGUUUAGAUAGUAUUGAGUACCAUAGUGUAAAUGCCCGUUAUGGUGUCAUGGGAACCCCGACACUCCUGCUGUUUCACAAUGGAAAUGGGGUUGGACGAUUCAAUGCCUCAGAUUACUCGGUCCUACAGUUGGUUUCUUUUAUUAAUCACUACACUGACCAGGAAAUUACUGACAUAAAUGUCACAUCCUUAGACUUUCAGGCCAACCUCCCAUCCAAAUUAGCCGAAGGCUGUCCAUAUGCUCUGUGGGCUGCAUGGGUCUUCCUUCUGAGCUGUGCAUCUUGGCUGUUCCUCACAUCAGAGUUGUGCGCAAGACUGACAGAGGCAAUCCUGAACAACUGGCGGGAAGCUGAAGCACAACAUGACCACCAUGAUUAAGAGGGAAAUGGAGAUACAGUCUCAGGAUAUUUUUUGGCUCAUAGUCAUUUUACUUUUUUGUUG